AAACCAGCCAAGAUUCGUCAAGAUGAAUGCAGAACCUGUUUCAACAAUCUAAUAAAUAUGUAGCAACAGCUCAGAACUCGGCGUGAGAACUUGCAUGCUAAUGCUCCUCCCCCGCUGAACAGCAACAUUGUGGGACCUUUUGGUGGAUGGGCACUCCAGAAGUGUGUGUGAACACUUCCGCAACAACCGUCACAGAGCUGUCAUUGCGGGAGAAUGAACAACGCGAAAUGUAGCAUAUAUCAGAAGCCUAAAGGACGAACGCGGAUUAUACAAUGUAUAUAUGUGGUGGGUUUCAUGGACCUGUUUGGUGUGAGCAUGAUCAUUCCUCUCCUCAGCCACCAUGUGAAGGCUCUGGGGGCCAGCCCGACCGUGGCUGGGAUCGUAGGCUCCACGUAUGGGAUCCUACAGCUGUUCUCGAGCACUAUAGUGGGCAGCUGGAGUGACGUGGUGGGGAGGCGGGACUCUCUGCUGACCUGUCUGCUGCUGAGCGCUCUGGGAUACGGCCUGCUGGGAAUGUCCUCGAGCAUCGCUCUGUUCGUACUGGCCAGGAUACCUGUGGGUCUGUUCAAGCACUCCCUGUCCAUCUGCAGAGCGGUGCUGUCGGACGUGGUGUCGGAGUCGGAGCGCCCCCUGGUGAUGGGCCACUUCAACGCGGCCUCCAGCGUGGGCUUCAUCCUGGGGCCCGUGGUGGGGGGCUACCUGACAGAGCACGAGGGGGGCUUCUACACCUCCUCCUUCACCUGCGCCGCCAUCUUCCUCCUCAACGCCGGUCUGGUGUGGAUGCUUCCCUGGAGCGAUGCACUCGCCCAACGCACCGACGCCAACUCCAACACCAGCGCCAGCAAGGCAUGCCACGACAACAACGGCACAAACUCAACACCGCACAACUGUUCCCACGGUAACAACCACCCCCUCGAGCCCGCGCCCGGGCUAGCGCCGGCGUCUCCCCGGAAGCUCCAGGCGCGGCGAGGCUGGAGGGAGGUGUCCCUGCUCCAGCCUGCCUGGACGCAGCUGUCCUCGGUGGGCUCCAAAAUCCGCACGGUGGCCUCCUCGGACAUGUGGGACCUGUUCCUGGUGCGCCUCCUCAUGGCGGUGGCCAUCAUGCUGUACUACAGCAACUUCUCCCUGGCUAUGGAGGAGCGCUUCUCCAUGCGGCCCAAGGUCACGGGGUACCUCAUCAGCUACAGCAGCACCCUGGGAGCCCUGGCCGGGUGCCUGGUGGGUCCCCUCACCCAGCUGUACGGCAACAACACGCCGGCCCUCCUCCUCCACUCCACCGUGCUCACCUGCUGCCUCAUCCUGCUCUACGCCGCCGCCGCCAGCGUGUGGAGCGUGGUGCUCAGCUCCACCUUCUUCGCCAUCUCCACCACCAUCGGGCGCACCUGCAUCACCGACCUGGAGCUGCGGAGGGGCGGGACCCACGCCAGCGGCACGCUGAUCGGGGCGGGGCAGUCGGUGACGGCGGUGGGGCGGGUCCUGGCGCCGCUGCUCUCCGGAUUGGCUCAGGAGUUCAGCCCCUGCGGCCCUCCCAGCCUGGGGGUGGGGCUAGCGAUGGCCGCCGUGGCCCUGCUAUUGGUCAGGAUACGCAAGUGGGACGGCAAGGGGAAGGGGAAGGAGGCCAAGCUCUGAGACGACGGAGGGAGAGAGAGAGAGUGAGGCGGAACGAGAGCGUAUGAAAGGAUGGCGUAUCGAUGCUAAACCAUCGCUCACUUAGGCGGGAGGAGUCUGGUUGGAGCGGUUGGACCACUGAAGACAGACUCUGGGGGUUGUUGAUUGGUCGUUUGAGUGUGAGGGGCUGUCGUCUUGGUCGUUUGUUGUUUUGUGAGUGUAAAAAGGGGGCGUGCCCCUUCUGUUACGUUGAUGUGAUGAUGUCACAAUAAGAGUGCUGUCCACCAGCACGGCAGAUCAAUCAGGGACGUUGUCUCAGACACGCAAACACACACACACACACGUGUUGCGUUACCCUGGCAACCUUAGAACACCCAGGCCUGCCCUGCAGCCCUCCGUCAGAGAGGGUGGAAAUCUAUAAUGACCUAAUAUGGUCAUGUUCACGUGGGAAUAUUCAAUGAGAAUAUUGGCUUUAUGUCUCUUGUCAGAGACAAUCAUGUUUAAGAGCAAAUGAUGUCUUAGGAUGUACAGUGGUCUUUAACUUCCUUAACCACUAUAGACUAACUGUACUCUACACACCAGGCACUAUGAGUCCCCAAAUAUGCACUUCAUCCACUUGUCGGCUCCCAAUCCCUUUAAGACAGGAGAGGAGAGCCUUCUGCUGUAGCCUCACAAUAGGAACAGGUCCAGGAUCAGGUCCAAUCUUGUCAGCUCUGGUGUAAACAAAGAAGAGGCUGGAAGAGAAACCGAUCUGAGCAUCCUCGACCCCUCGUCUCUCUGGGUCACAUGUUCAUGCUGUGCUGGAGGCUCCGCCCCCGGUCCUUGUUGCUCUGGGUUACGUUUACAUUCAGUUUGUUUUCUUACUUUUCUAGAUGUUAACAUCCAAUGUAGACCUCAUUAUGGUGACCUGUUAUUUGGCUAUUUGAGCUGUAAUACAGGGAAGUAAGUUUGUUUUCAGAUGUGGCCGAUAAAUGUAAUUUUCUUAAUGGUGCGGAGGACAGAUUUGCCGUUUUCCAAAAGUAUAAUGAAACCUUCUCCCCUGCUGUAAUCUCUAAACUGACUAUAUAUAUAUAUA